GGCGCAUGCCUAUAAACGAUUCACUGGCCACCUCGUGACCACUGAUUUCAAGAAAUAGGGGUGACCUCUUGUUGCAAGAACAGUCCAAGCUACUAUAUAAAGAUGUCUGCUGAACCUGUUCGUGUUCUGGUCACCGGCGCUGCUGGGCAGAUUGCCUACUCCUUGUUGUUCGGCAUCGCCAAGGGAGAUGUGUUCGGCAAAGAUCAGCCAAUCUCCCUGAUCUUGCUGGACAUCUCCCCCAUGUUGCCAGUCUUGGAUGGAGUGGUCAUGGAGCUGCAGGACUGUGCCCUCCCACUCCUGAGAGAGGUCAUCCCCACGGACAAGGAGGACGUUGCCUUCAAGGACCUGGACGCUGCCAUCCUGGUGGGCUCCAUGCCCAGGAGAGAGGGUAUGGAGAGGAAGGAUCUGCUCAAGGCUAACGUGGCCAUCUUCAAGAGCCAGGGGGCCGCACUGGAGAAGUACGCCAAGAAGACUGUCAAGGUGAGAUGAUACAGAGUCCAACAGACA